GCCGCCGUUCCAUUGUGGUCGACGCGAAGGGGUUUUAUUGACGACCUGUGUAGUUAUUUACGGAAUUCAACUUGUGGUCUCUAUAAUCUGAGGCCCCUGUCGAGGGUUAUGGCACUCUACACUGGCGAGGCUAAGAAAGAUGUUAAUGUUUUCAGGGAAGGAAACCAUGUUUAUAGUAUAACAAGUUUUAGCAGUUCUGGGAGUAGUUCUAGUGUUCAAAGUGGCAGCCCUGCUAGUCAGAGCCAACAGUGGCACGAUGUGAAAAUUAAUGUUCUGAGUUCGAAGCUUGUGGAUAAUAAUUCUUCGGCCAAUGGUUUUUCGAAUCCAGUAGGCGGGGCUAACGGUGGUUAUCAGAAUCAUUCCGAUAACGCACAGCAUAAACACGGAUUGUACUCGCCUGGAUUUCAAGAACAAAGGAUUACACAUUCUCCUCAUCAGGUAAGGGGUGAAGGUGAGACAACACACAGCGGAAACAUGCACAGCACCGAUCAGCGUGCUACCUUUGUGAGUAGCAUCAACGUCAGGGAUUCGAAGCCUCCGCCUAUACCCCCCUCCAUGUUUGGCGGGCAUAUGGGGCUGACCAUCUCCACCGGGUCACCCGUUCACCACCAGUCUGUGUCUUGGCAGGGCGGCGGGAAGACGAUGCCCCCCAUGGGCGUGUCCAUGGCUCCACCGUCGCCGGAUAUAAAUCUAUUGAUCGGGAGCUCGCGCUACCCCGGCUCGAAGACCACAUUAAUUAACCCCACCGCGCGAAGCAGCAGCCCAGGGCAAUCACAACAGAUCAAUGUGCCUGUUCAAUAUCAGACUGUCUACCAUCACGGUCUGACGUCAGCGAAUGGAAGCUCGAAUUACUCAAGUCCUCGCUCGAGCAUCGGUAGCGGGGAUUCCAAGAGUUCGAGUCCUCGUACUAGCUUAACCAACCCGGCUUUGUACGAGCAGAAAUUCGGUAGCCCUAGGUCAAGCCUGGCUCUAGUCAGCCCUCGCUCCAGCUGGAAUUCGACUGGAUUUGACUCCAAGCAUUCUAGUCCCAGAACUAGUCUGUCCGGGCCACAAGAUAGGAUAUCUGUUCAGCGUAUUGUCAGCAGCCUGGAUAAUGAUGUUUUUCGAUCACACGCACACGGGCCCCAGUCACAGUCCUCCGUUCUGAGCCUGGGCCCCCGUGCAGUGCCUUUACUUGACAACAGGUUCAACGAGGCUGCGCCGCCUCACAUCUACACCGAUCCUCGCCAGAGGACCCUGCCCCCGCAGGCCUCUAUAAGUGUUCACACAUCCACGUACGCCACCAGCGUCAACGGUAAUGGCAUAAUGCAGAACGGAGGUCCUCAAAUGGUGGUGUCGUCCACCCCCGGCACAUCUGUCUCUUACAUCAGCACAAGCUCGGCCGUGAACUCGGGACCACCGUCUAUCCCUGCGAGGGUGCCACUGAACUACAAUGGCUCACCGACACACCAGAAUUCAGACGCAGAGAAGGCCAUCGCUGCUCUUACCCAACAACUGGAACGUGACAUGAGCAUCUCCGGCACCACGGCCAAGAAGAAUCCGGACUCCCCGGGGCCUCAGAUGGAGCCCCCUCCACCCUACCACGGCCCUCACGACGUUCAAACAUCAGUCAAACAUCUCAACCAGAAUCAGCCACAGAAAUCAAAUGUCAAACUGGUGGCCCCAGUUCAGGGCAUCCAAGUUCAGCCGGGGCCCUCCAGGAGUGCAUCAGCCUUGUCCCCUGGCUUGAAGUCGCAGUUGGCGUUUCAGGUGACCCCACCCAAAAACAAGGGUCCCUCCGACGCUGAAAGGAAAUUAGCCGCCCUCACACAGCAACUAGAAGAAGAAAUGGAUAUAGCUGCCGGUGAUUACUUUGGUCAGUGUGUCACGUGUGGAGAAAAGGUGACCGGAACCAAUGAGGCGUGUCAGGCCAUGGGGAAUCUCUACCACACCAAGUGUUUCGUCUGCUGCUCGUGUGGUCGAACAUUGCGAGGGAAAGCUUUUUAUAAUGUCCAUGGGCGUGUCUAUUGUGAGGAAGAUUAUCUGUAUUCUGGUUUCCAACAAACAGCUGAGAAGUGUGUUGUCUGCGGUCACCUCAUCAUGGAAAUGAUUCUUCAGGCUAUGGGAAAAUCUUACCACCCUGGCUGUUUUCGCUGUUAUGUCUGCAAUGAGUGCUUGGAUGGUGUCCCUUUUACAAUAGAUGUUGACAACAAAAUCUACUGUGUGACUGACUACCACAGAGUAUAUGCUCCAAAGUGUGCAGCGUGUGGUCAAGCUAUAACCCCAGUUGAUGGGACAGAAGAAACUGUAAGGGUUGUCUCCAUGGAUAAAGAUUUCCACGUGGAUUGCUACCAUUGUGAGGAUUGUGGGCUGCAGUUGACGGAUGAGGCGGAUAAAAGAUGUUAUCCACUGGAUGGUCACUUGUUUUGCCACAGUUGUCACAUUGCUCGUCUGAAUGCCCAGUACCCCAACGAGAGUUUCUACAUGGAUCCACUCACCUUUAACAUUCACAACCGCGGGGAAAUGCGUCGAGGAAGCGAUGCCAGUUCUGAGUCCCAUCCUUUGACUCACCAGUAUUCAGCCGUGCCCAUGCAUGCGGGCAUCAGUACACUGCCCCCUUUAGUUUUGGGCCAGGUAGGAGGAAAUAAUGGCCACGCUGGGGGCCAAGUGUACAGUGGUGGCCAAGUGUACGGUGGUGGCCAAGGAUAUAAUGGACUUCACAAUGGACUGCCUAAUAACCACAAUGGCUCAAUGAUCAACGGUGAUGCGGGAAUGUCUAUGAAUGGAUACACCAGAGGCAGAGCGAGUAUUGGAAGCAGCCAUAGCAGUGGUGGCAGUCAGAGUAGCUUCCCGGGGAGUCCCAUCCACGGCAACACCCCUGCGGGUAUCUCCUACGCUCAUAACUCACAACAGUAUCCAAGAUCUGGGGAUGGUCCAUCAAGAGCCCCUCCCCCGCCCCCUUACUCUGGAGGAACAGCGGGUAGUGCAUCUGGAAGCAGCAACCACAGCAGCCCAGCUCACAGGUCCAACGAAAACUACGCCUACCUCCUCCAACACAGCAACUUGUCCAGCCCUGCUCACAGCGUUUUCUCAAGCAUGGAUAAUUCCAACAGCCGAGGGGGCUACGUGAACUCUACCCAUCACGGCCACUUUCAAUCUGGGGCGCAGGCCUACAACGGGGGCUCAAAGUACGGCCCGCCGUUAUCUCCACAGCUUGGGCCCCCACCUCCUCUUCCUCAGCGGCCAGCGUCACACUUUUCGUCUUCAGGGAGCCAGCCUCCGUCAUUACCCCACAAGUCCUAUCAUAUAACAGAUCUUUAAUUUAUGAGACCAGAAGAAGCUCACUAUGGAGUCCAGCAUCUCAGCACAUUUUGUUUUUAUUCUGUUGUGUCAUGGAUAAUCUAGUUCUUAAUAGAUUGUGUAUUCAUAUGUGUGUGGGUACUGCUUCUCUCUUAUGUGUACAUUGACUAACUCUUGAUGUUAUUAAACCACUAGUUUGUUAUAAAUAUAAGUAAUAUUGUCGCCUGCAAAACAAACAUCUCUAAAAAGCUAAAUUAUUUAAAUAAUAAUUGUGCGUUUUUUGUUUGGUUUUAACUAGUUGACUAUGAAAACUUUGUAAUUUAAAUGAUGAAUUUGUUUAAAUAAAGCUUAUUGUUUAGUGUAUUUAGUUAUCCAAACUAACCAUUAGAAUUGGUUGAUAUUGUUUGAAACAUUUAAUAAGCUUUAUAGCAUGUAAGAUAUAAAUGAUGUUUUUGUUAGCUAGGUAUUUCUUUGCAAAAUGUUUGUUACAAGGGGAAGUGAAAAAGAUUUAGAAUAAAUAAUUUUGUUCAUUGAGUGACAUUUGAUAGUAAACAAUGCCUUGUCUGUACAUGUAGAACCAAGACUAGCCUAAUAAAUUGACUUUUAAAAGACUCUAACCAGCUCCCAGGGUUAACAAAAAUUAGUUAUUGAAUUCAGCAAUUAUCUAGAAUGUUACAUCUGUUAAUUGGAAACCAGUCAGUGCCUCUAUGUUUAUGUUCAAUAGUUGUGGUCUCAGAAUGGCUGCCUGGUCGUGUGGAAUACACUCAAACAGUUGUCAUGAUAGUUCCUGGUUUGAAACCUGCCAACUGACAUCCCCAGGGCUUGGAUUAGGAUGUAAUAAUCUUCAUAUGGCUAGGAUGCAAUAACCUUUUUUAGGGCCUAGGAUGCUGUUUUAGUUUCUGAAGAAAUAUUUGAAACUUUCAAGAUUAAUCCAGCACCAAUUUUAGAUUCAACUCUCUAGCUUGAUAGAUCAUUGGUAGACUUAGUUCAUCCUCAGUCUUAAUAUCAAGUCAUAUGUAGCUAGAUUUAGCUUUUUGACUUGUACAAUGUCCAAAGAAACCAACUGAAUGCAAAGUAGUUUUAUUUUGAAACCCAUUAUAAAUGUGUACAGUUCUAAAUGACUUGAUUCAACAGAGUCCUGUUCAUGGCAUUCUGUCUCGUCUUAUCAGCAGACCAUAUCUCCUUGCAUUCUUUGUAUUGUAUAUAAUAAAUUUAAUAUAAUUUUAUGUUCAUAUCAUUAAGACAUAUCAUCAAGACAUUAAGACAUAUACCAUCAAGACAUACCAUUCAAACAUAGACAUAAAUUUUAUUAAAUUAAAGAAAAUGUAAACAUAAUAUCAUCCAAUGGUGAGUGAAUGGUGUGAAUGAUUCACUACUGUAUAGAUGUCGCCUCAUUGACAUAGUGACACAUGACAUAGUGAGAUGCUUUUGUCAGUUUAAGAGGCUGUACUGAGUGUAGAGGAGUUCUACUGUAGUUGCUAGAAAUAAGUUGAUUGUGAAUGUAACUAGACUAGUCUGUAAUACUUCAAUAUAUCAGCAGAUUUGUCCACAACAAAACAAAUCAAUAAAAUUCUUAUCUUUACACUUACUUCUCAUGCGUGUAAAUAACUUCAUAAUUCAGACAUUGAUUUGUAGCAUCUAGUUAAACUAAGAGCUUAAAAAUCAAAUCAAUAAUAAUCUUUUUUUUUUAAAAGGUACAUCUAUCUAAUAUAUUAAGCAGAAAGUAAAGUGUAUGCAUGUAUGUGUGGCCCGGCUAAAAAUCAAAACCGUUUGACUUAUCAUAAUAGUGUUCAUAUAAUGUAAUGUAGCUUGAAGUUUGAUAAUAAGAAAUAUUCCUGUUUCGUGCAUCAUUAGUUUUAUAAUUAAAUUGAUUGUGGAAAGUUCACUCCAACUUUGAUAGUAAUAAAUGAUCAGUAAUCAGUUAUUGAGACCGAUUGUUUGGUAAAGCACUUGGCUUCUGAACUGAGGGUCUUGUGUUCCAAUCUGAAUGAAGUGCAGUAAUUUUAAGGGAGCUGAUUUUUCUGCUGAUCACCUGACACAUUUGUCAUCUAUCAACCUCAACAGCCUUUUAUUUCACAUCUACUUUCAGGCUUUGUAAUGGAAACUUAACCAUUCUGUGAAUGUUCUGUAAAAUGUGUUUUUGGUAAACACUAUAUCCAAUGAGUUGAUCAAUCAUCAAAACAGGUGAAGUUCCCCUUUUGUGAUCUCUAAGGCAGAUGAUGUAAAUUUCUCCUGUUUCUAUGGCCAACAGUUAUCAUGUGCCCAGCACUGCCUUUACUAUCCCUAUGAAACGUCAGGUACUCAUUCAAGUAGGGUGGUCUCAGAGGCACCCUUAAAAUCCCGAACUUCAAAAUUCCAUCUUCACCAAAAUUUGAACCCGUUACGCCUCGGUUCUGAAGCCUACCACCUCACCACUCAUUCACCUCACUCGACAUUUCACAUGAACUUUUUAGGUUUUUAAAAGGUCGUUGUACCAUUCUGUUGAGGUAGUCUAUGUGUUAUUAGUAAAGACUAAAGACUAUAAAAAAAAUGAGUUGAUCAUUCAAUGACUUGUACUUCAAAACAUGUAAACAUAGGGUUUAUUUAUUCACUCUCAACCCCUCUUUUCAUUGUAUAUAUACAGUUUUCAUUUUUGUAGAGCUCAGAAUAUUUGCAUUUAUCACACAACGAUCUGUAUCGAGUUUAGUUUGUUUUAAGUUUGCCAGUUAGAUUCAUUUAUUUAUUUUGUUAACAAGUUCUCUGCGUGUACUAGCAACACAGUUUGACAAUAUUCAUUUGUACAUACAGAAAAUUGUACAAAUGUUGUUGGUUUGUUGUAGGCUUCUUGUUGAAUGAAAGAUUUUUAUUUGACUAUUAAUAUUUGUUGGGAAACUUAAAUAAACAUGAUUUGAGUCAAGAGAAACGAUGCUCCAAGAAUGUUUAGAUAUCUAUUUGUUUGUAAUAACUAAGUCAAUCAAACCACUUUAUCAAUCAAACAGGUUAUGCUAAUCAAACCAAUCAUGUCUAGCGAUAAAUCUAGAUCUGUUUACAUCUGUCAUUGUUUUUUAAAAUAUUUUGUUUCCUUAAAAUCAUUAAUCUAAUUCUUGUUUCAAAGACCUGGUCGAGUCACAUUCUUGUUUUUAAUAUUUCCAUCUUUUCUCAUUUCAUUGUGUACUGGGAAAAACAAUGGGUUUUAUUAUUGACUAGAAUCUAGUAGCUUAUGCAUUAUGUCUACAAAUGUCACACCAAAGAAUGGGAUUAAAAAACAAACAAUCUAGAUUUCUAUGAUUUUAAACUGUUUCAACUGAUAUAUGAUGUCUUGGCCUCAUUGGUUAGACUAUUGCAUGAGUGAAAACAUGUGAAUAAAUUGGUAUUAUAGUGAAAACUAGAUAUAGUCUAGAUACACGCUUGGUCUUCCUGGUGAGAAUUAGCCAAUAAUUAUAUUUGUUAUCGCCCUUGCAUUACUGACUUAAUCAUACAUUUUAUUAAUUAUCUCUCUUGUAGUUCUGGCUUGGCCACCAAGUCUAUUAGUGUUUUUUCCCUUGUGAUGUAUGCUGAAACUUGUUAAGGAAAGAAGUAGACAAUUGGAUAACUUGGUAUUGUUUUCUGUUGGGAUGAUUCAUGUCUUGAUGCCUCACAGUUAUAGGGGACAAGUCCCUGAGAUGGCCUAAACUGACACGCCCUUGACAUGGCUGAUAACUGGCAAAUCCCUAAGGUGGCUUAGAACUGACAAACCAUGGCCUAAAGCUGACAAGUCACUGACAUAGCCUAAAAUUGACAAGACAAGUUUUCUUAGCAUAAUUCUAAGAUUAGUUUUGAAAUUUUAUCUUGCAUGUCUUCUUUUGAUAUGAAAAAUACAAUACCAUACCAAUACCAUAUCCAUACCAAUACCAAAUCUUAACUUAUUCAUGGAUGAUUGCAAGCUAGAAUGAAUUGCUGAUAUUCUGGAUAUUAUCUGAAUAUAUAGAUGUUCAACUCUACUCUAUUGUAAGAAAGCCUGAGUUGUCAACAGAAGUGCAAUGGCUGAGUGGUAAAGCGCUUGGUUUCCGAAUCCCCAGGUUCGAAUUCUAAUGAUGACUAAGAUUUUUAUUUCAGGAUCUUAUGGCGCCUCUGAGUCCACCCAGCUCUAUAGUUUCCUGGCAUUAGUUGGGGAAAGGUCAAGUUGGUUGGUCAUUGUGCUGGCCACAUGACGCCUUUGUUAACCAUGGGUCACAGAAACAGAUGACCUUUACAUCGUCUGCCCUAUAGACCACAUUGUCUGAAAGGGGAAGUUUACUUCUGAGUUGUCAACACUGAACCUGUGUGACUGUCUUCCCAGAGUAUCAAGACUUGUUAGAGAAGGAUUAUAAUUAAUCAAACUCCAAAAAGAAUCAAAGUUUUGGCCUGUAAAUUUUUCAUUUUUACUGUACAUUAGUUGUUCAUCAGGGCUAAAAUGAAAGUUUCAUUUCAACUUUUCCUAUCAUAGACUUCUUGUUAGUUCACAAAUAUACAAAUCAAAGUUUUGGCCUGUACAUUUUUCAUUUUUACUGUACAUUAGUUGUUCAUCACGGCUAGAAUGAAAGUUUCAUUUUGACUUUUCCUAUCAUAGACUUCUUGCUAGUUCACAAAUAUACAAAUCAAAGUCUUGUCUAAUAUUUUGUCAAGCCUUUUUUUUCUGAAGGUUAUUUACUUGAGAGCCUAAGAUUCCCGAGACCAAUUGUCAUCGAAAGCUUGAACACUGACCUGCAACGUCCCGACGUGGCAACAAGCUAUUAGUCUAAACUGCCCACAGGUUGCACAGAGUUGCUGGUCAGUGUUCAAGCCUUCUAUAACGGAUGAUCUCGGUCUAACCAUUAUGUUGAUUUCAUUUCUCCUGCACAUUUAUGUUUGUUUAUAACACUGACAAAUUUUAUAUUUGUGCUUCAUUGCGUGUGUUUAUCGAAUUGUUAGCCAUUCCUUUCUUUAGUAGAAGUUGAUUUAUUCCCCUUGUAUUUAUGGCAGACGUCGUGUAGACUUUGAUCAAUCAUAUUAUUGUCUCAUAAAUAUAUAUUUCUAUUUUAAUUUAAAUGUGAUUAUUUUAUGUUUUAUUUUUGGGUUUUGUUUUCCUGUUUUGAUGAUGUAAAUAUUUCAUUUAUUUUUCUAAGAAUCAAUACAUUGCUGUUGGUCAAAAGUUC